AUGCACUGGUACUGGGAAACCAUCCCUCCUACCUCCGCCCAAAAGACCGCAGCAGACACAUGGUUCACCAAGGCCGCGAAACCGCAAUUCCUCCGCUCCGUCGCCCUCUUCCGCAUGUUCCCCGACUCCGACGUCCCAGAGGUGGCAUUCGUAGGCCGCAGCAAUGUGGGCAAGAGUUCGCUGCUGAAUGCGCUGGUCGGCGCAGAUAUAAGGAAUGGAUUAGCGCGCACGAGUAAGACGCCUGGCUGUACCAGGACGCUGAAUCUUUACGGCGUGGGGCCCAUGGACGGCGUGCGCAUACGCAAGGGGAAGAACAACGGACAUGAUCGCAUCGUAGGGAUAGGGGGGCUCCUGAUUGUCGAUCUGCCAGGCUACGGCGAGGGAAGUCUGAGCGAGUGGGGUCCGGAAAUCAUGAAAUAUCUCGUCAAUCGGAAGCAACUGCGGCGCGUGUUUGUCCUGAUUGACGCGGGAGUCGGGAUCAAGGACAGGGAUAGGAGUCUGUUGGCCAGUUUGCGCAUGGCCGGCGUGCCUCAUCAGGUCAUUCUCAGUAAGCUGGAUAAGAUCUAUCUGCCGCAGACGGGCAAGGAGAUGACGCGGAAUGAUUUGAAGGCGAAGCAUGCUGUACAGCCUUUUGGAUCCGCAAGGCAGCUGGCGCAGACGAUGGAGGCCAUGAGGGAUGAUGUGAAGCCGCCAAAUGCGGCGGGUGCGCUGGGCGAGUUGCUUACUGUGAGUUCGGAGAUUCUGGUCGAUGGGAAACGGCUCGGGGUUGACGCGGUGCGCGUGGCCGUUUUGCAGGCUGCGGGGGUCAAGUAUGAAGCGAAGAAGGCGAAGAAGUGGAAGACGUAG